GCUGAAACAUUACCAUGAGGGUUGCAAGUCUGACAUAAAUGUAUAUCGCCACAGGUCACUAAGAUUUUAUGCACAAAAAUUAAAACUAAAUUAAAGUUAAAAUGAGUCUAUUGCCUAGAACUGCAGAGGAAUUCAGUUCGGCUGAGUACUGGGAGAGAUUUUUUAAGAAGCGCGGAGAGAAGUCUUUCGAGUGGUAUGGAGACUACAACAAACUAUGCGGCGUGCUGCACAAGUACAUCAAAAUGCAAGACCAGGUGCUGGUGGUGGGCUGCGGCAACUCUGAGCUGAGCGAGCAGCUUCACGACGUGGGUUACAAGCACCUAACCAACAUUGACAUCAGUGAAACAGUAGUAUCCCACAUGAAUCAGCGCAAUGCUGAGCGGCGACCGAGCCUGACGUUCCAGCAAGUGGAUGCCACUCAGAUGCCGUACGAAGACGCGUGUUUCCAGGCAGCUUUGGACAAAGGCACCUUGGAUGCGAUGGCAUCUGAGGAAGGAGGAGAACUGGCGAGGAAUAUGUUAACUGAGGUGGGCCGUGUCCUCAGUGUUGGCGGAAGGUAUGUGUGUAUCACACUAGCUCAGGAGAGUGUAAUACGCCUGGCAGUGGAGCACUUUGUCCAGCUUGGCUGGGCAGUGAGGCUUCACUGCCUGCAGGAAGAAACGAGCGCUGAGGAAGACGGCGACUCCUUCGCCCUUCCUGUUUUCGUUCUGGUUUGCACCAAGUUCCGCCAGCCCAUGCCGAUGCCCAUUCUGGAGAUGUGCCUAGGUGAUGACGGCGCCCCAAAUCGUCUGGCACUGGCGGGCGACUUGUUGGCGGCCGUGCAGGAACGGCAGGCCUACUCAGUCCUGAGAAAGAGGCUGCGUACUCGCACAGACGCCGAUGCAGACCCCUCACUCACACUCUGCCAUGCUAAGACUGGUCUACCCAGAUAUACUCUUACUGUACAGGAUCUGCCCCCAACUGCCAAGGUGCCAAGGUUCAACCAAUUUGCUAUUUUCAUUGUGCCUCACGGCAGCGAGACAGCAUGGCUCUACAGCUCCAGUGAGGGCCGACGGCAACUGGCGGCCAGCGCCAACUUUCGCCGCCUGGUUAUCGUGGCUAUGCACAGAAAUCAAGAGUACGCUGACAUGCAGGCCGUUCAAUCAGAGCUAUCACCCAUGGUGAUGGACCUGGCCCCACCGGGAAUGCCAGAAAAUCAGCAGGUCCCGUUUCUAUCAGUGGGCGGUGACCUGGGUUGGCGUGAGGAGGUGAGCAGGGGUGUGAGCAAACACAGCGGCGAGUAUUGCGUGGAAAACGUUAGGGGGGAGGACGGCGAGCUGUAUCGUAGACUGGUUUUCCUGUCUAAUGCGACGCUGGUGCAGUCCGAGAGUCGUCUUGUUUCAUCUAAUAGCACGUCAAGUCAUAAGAAGAAGAACAAAAAGAAAACUAAGAUGCCGCCAUCGUCUUCCCUGUCAGUGCACAGCGGCUUCCUCUGCUGCGCCCACCACGAAGUCAUGGUGGCUGGUCUCGCCAUGCUGGGUAUAGGCAAGGAAAAAAAUAAAGAAUUCCCAGUGUCAGUGCUACUGGUUGGACUUGGAGGAGGAGGCCUGCCCCAGUUUCUGCGGGACUUUGUACCCGGCGCGUCAGUGGAGGUGGUGGAGCUGGAUCCCGUCGUUUUGGAGGUGGCCAAAGAGUGGUUCAACUUUCGACCGGACGAUCGCCUGACCGUCACGCUCGGGGAUGGCCUUGAGCGCAUCUGUUCCCUGGAGAAAGAAGGGGGUCAUUCGUUUGAUGCCAUCAUGUUCGAUGUUGACAAUAAGGACAGCACGUUGGGUAUGAGCUGUCCACCUGCCGCCUUUGUCGAAAGCUCCAUCCUGCAAAAAGUCGGCAACCUCCUGACCCCUAAAGGUAUUUUCAUACUCAAUCUGGUGUGCCGUGACCCCGCCUUGAGGAAAGACGUGCUGGAGCGUGUUAGCCGCGUGUUUCCCGACAUCCUCUCACGGAAAAUUGACGGGGAGGUCAAUGAGGUGCUGCUCUGUCGACGCCAAGGCGAAACUGUGGGUGUACCACCGUCGCUGAAGCAAGCAGGACAUGAUCUGCAGAGAGCCCUGCGCUCCAGCACGACCCAGAGCCCAAAAAUAGACAUUGCUGAGUUGUUGAAAGAUAUGAAAGUGGCGUGAGGGUGUCUGGGACUGAAAGCAGUGUUGGGGAACCUAUAGCUACAAACAAAAUGCAAAUAUACUGAAUAAUAAGAAACACUUUGUUUUUCAUUAAUUAUGUGUGGCUUUUGGAAGAUUGAAGUGGCCAAUGAGCAGAGGGUUUUCUAUUGGCCACUGUACUUUUCCCUAUAUUUUAUGUCAAAGGCUUAUUCAAUAAAAGUUAUAUCCUUGAUUUUAAACACAAACCGUGAGUAAAAAUCAAGAAAUCACUACAAGUAUUUACAGCCAAUGUUGAAAAGUGAUUAAUAUAGCCACAUUUAUACAAAAAAUGAAUUGAGUAAUGAUCUCACAAGGCACCUAGAUAGUGUUCACAGCAUUUGAAUUCAGGGCAGAUUCAAGCUUUUUGAACUGUGAUGCCACAAGUUGCCCACACCUGUCUUUGGCCAGUUUCAUUUUAGAUGAAUAUUGUGGUACAAAGAUAUUUUUAGGUAUUUUUAGAGCUGUCCAAGCUGAUUCAAUUCGUGGUUGAGAGGAAAGAGUUGCUGUGAAUACUUUCCCUAAGGCCCCCGAAUGUUAAGUGUUGCAUGUACUAUAAAA